GACAACCCGCCUCCCGAGCCUACGCCCAGCGGAAAAAAACCCUAAAUUCCCAUUCAAACGCUUUUCCACAAAAUUUCGAAUAAGCGAUUCGUCUCCGACCCCAACGGUACGUUCCCCGACUCUCCCUCGGUUUUUCCGACAACUCUUGUACGGACAUCACAACUUUUCCCCCGGGCACUUCUUGAGCUUGUUGCAACACGGAAAUGGAGAGUUAGGGCUCAAAAUUUGAAUGCUUGUUUGGUUAUAUGUUUGCAUAAGCAGGUAAAGUCUCUGUUAGACUGAUGGAAUUCUGUAGUAUUGCGUUUGAAUCACUGGUCCGGGUUGGAAGGGAGAUGGAUUUGGUGUAAAAACGCGAAUUCUCGUGAAUUUUGUUACUCUGGUUUGCUUUUCUUUCAUAAUUGAUUGUUAGUUCAAAGUGUUUUUGAAAUGCAAUGUUUGUGUGAUUCUUGAUGGGCUUUCCGUGAAAAGAAAUUCCCAUUUGGUUAUUGUUGGUUUUAGGUGUUAUUGGGUAUGAUAGGGAAGAAUUGGGUGGUUUUGUUUGUAUUGGAGGUUCAAAUUCUGCUGCUUUGAAUUUGAGUAAAUAAGUGAAAGGAGAUGACGCAGGAAUCAACAGAUGGUACCCCGAAUGGAUUGGGUACAAAACGGUCAUUGAGAAAGAAAGCAGUUGUUAGGAACUACGAUGAGAAUUUGAUGGAUGAGCUCAUAGAGAAGCAUUUAGGUGCUUCUUUGAAGAAAAGGAAUAGAACAAAAGCAGAUUUGGAAAAAGAAACUGAAACUGAAGCAAUGAUAGCUCUCUCUUUAGGAUUCCCAAUUGACGCAUUGCUUGAAGAGGAAAUUAAAGCUGGUGUUGUGACUGAAUUAGGUGGGAAAGAGCAAAAUGAUUACAUUGUUGUGAGGAACCAUAUACUUGCAAAGUGGAGAGAGAAUGUAAGGAUAUGGCUUUCAAAAGGGCAAAUUAGGGAAACUGUUAGCAAUGAGUAUGAACAUUUGUUGAAUUCCGCAUAUGACUUUCUUUUGUGCAAUGGGUACAUAAAUUUUGGGGUUUUGCCAUCAUUCACAUCUCAUACCCCUGGAGAGGCAACUGAAGGUUCUGUGAUUAUUGUCGGUGCUGGGCUUGCUGGCUUGGCAGCAGCAAAGCAGCUCUUGUCUUUUGGUUUCAAGGUGGUGGUCCUUGAAGGUAGGAACCGACCUGGGGGUAGAGUUUAUACUCAGAAAAUGGGUCAAAAGGGAAAAUAUGCUGCUGUGGAUCUGGGUGGCAGUGUAAUUACUGGUAUAAAUGCCAAUCCCUUGGGAGUCUUGGCUAGACAACUUUCUAUUCCUCUUCACAAGGUUAGAGAUAACUGCCCUUUGUACAAGCCUAAUGGGGAACCUGUUAGUAAAGAAAUUGAUUCAAAUAUUGAACUUAUCUUUAAUAAGUUACUUGAUAAAGUCACUGAAUUGAGACAAAUGAUGGGUGGAUUUGCAAAUGAUAUUUCUUUGGGUUCGGUUUUGGAGACACUUAAGCAAUUUUAUGCUGUGGCCAAAAGUACUGAGGAAAGACAACUUCUUGAUUGGCAUUUUGCAAAUUUGGAAUAUGCAAAUGCUGGGUGCUUAUCAAGUCUUUCUGCUGCCUAUUGGGAUCAAGAUGAUCCUUAUGAAAUGGGUGGUGAUCAUUGCUUUCUUGCUGGUGGAAAUUGGAGAUUGAUUAAAGCAUUGUGUGAAGGAGUUCCCAUAUAUUAUGGCAAGGCUGUUCAUACCAUAAGAUACAGAAAUGAAGGUGUUCAAGUGGUUGCUGGGGACCAAGUUUUCCAAGCAGAUAUGGUCCUAUGCACAGUGCCUCUUGGGGUUUUGAAGAAAAAGAGCAUCAGAUUUGAUCCAGAGUUGCCGGAAAGAAAGCUCACAGCAAUUGAGAGGUUGGGUUUUGGGUUGCUGAAUAAGGUUGCUAUGAUAUUUCCUUAUGUAUUUUGGGGGGAAGACCUGGACACAUUUGGCUGUCUCAACAAACAUCGUCAUAGACGAGGAGAGUUCUUUUUGUUUUACAGUUAUCAUACUGUUUCAGGGGGUCCGGUGCUUGUUGCACUUGUAGCUGGGGAUGCUGCACAGUCUUUUGAAUCCAUGGAUCCACCUAGUUUGCUUCACCAGGUCCUAGAGAUCCUCAGAGGUAUAUAUGGUCCAAAGGGCAUUGAUAUUCCUAGUCCUAUACAGACUAUAUGUACAAAAUGGGGCAAUGAUCCCUUUUCUUUUGGUUCAUACUCUCAUGUUAGAGUACAAUCAUCAGGAAGUGAUUAUGAUAUACUUGCAGAAAGUGUUGGGGGCAGACUUUUCUUCGCUGGUGAGGCCACAAAUCGGCAACACCCAGCCAGCAUGCAUGGUGCCUUCUUGAGUGGCUUACGAGAAGCUUCAUGUAUUUUCCGAGCCACAAGGAGUCAGCCAUUUAAUCAUAGGAAGUAUGCACCAAAGCAUGUUGUACCAAUCAAUGACAUUCUGGUUGAUCUGUUCAAGAAGCCAGAUUUGGCAUUUGGAAACUUCUUGUUUGUAUUUGAUCCUCUGUCUGGAGAUCCCAACUCAAUGGGGAUUAUGAUGGUUACAUUCAGGAUAUCGGAUGGUGAGCUUAGUAAUGGGCAUUCUUCCAAACAGCAGAGAGAGAAUGGUUGCCACCAUUUCUUAAACCAACCACUACAGCUUUAUACUAUCAUAUCCCGUGAACAAGCAUGUCAAUUGCAACUGGUGACUGGAGAACAGAGUAGAUUGUCAUAUUUGAUAAAAAAUCUUGGUUUGAAGUUAAUGGGAGCCAACUCCAUAGGACUCUUCGGUAACUCAUUGACAACUAACAUCAUUACUGCAAGAAGAGGCAGAAUUAGGAAUCGUGUAUCUGCUGGACAACAAUAUGCACCAUAGACAUGAUUGUUCUGAAUGCAUUACCCUCAUCCCCUCGUCUGUUAGUUCUGAUGUAUACCUUUGUUCUGGAAAGGAAUGCUAGAAGGUUAGCAGGCCUUUACAUUUGGUUACCCCAUUUGUAUAUAAUUUGUUUGGGGAGCUAGUGAAUGAUGGAGGAAAUCAAAUUUUUUGGCAUUUUGGGUAAGGUAGCAUGCUGAUCUUCGGUUUGUUAGCAUGUGAACCUGCUUGUGUAACUGUGUUAUUCUGAUAAUGUAACUGCUUCAGAAGUUGAUUGGCCUUGAAGGUCUUCAGAGAACAGCUGUCUUAAGUCAGGAAUGAAGGACUGCAAAUAAUCCUAGGAGCAAUUCUGUAUUGAAUUUUUUAUAUUGCCAUGUUUCCAACUCUAUGAUCAUAGAAUCAAUUUAGCAUUCUUGUCU